AAAAGCGGGGUGUAGGCGGUCAAAAGCAUAAGGAUGAGCAAAUAAUACUCGCAACGCCAGUUGUUGAUUAUCGGAAAUUUGCUGUUCUUGAGGAUAAAGAACCAACAGCAAAAUUAACUUAA